AUGGCCAGUCGUGACCGUGGUUCCAGUGCUGGAUUUGAUCGGCAUAUCACGAUAUUCUCUCCUGAAGGAAGAUUAUAUCAAGUCGAAUAUGCUUUCAAGGCUAUCAAUCAAAGUGGCUUAACUUCUAUUGGUGUCCGUGGUACAGAUUCUGCAGUAGUCGUAUCACAGAAGAAGAUACCGGACAAGUUAUUAGACCCUUUGACGGUUACUAAUUUAUUUCGAUUAACAGACAAUAUUGGAUGUGCUAUGACUGGUAUGACAGCCGAUAGUAGGUCACAAGUACAACGUGCUCGAUAUGAAGCUGCAAACUGGAAGUAUAAAUACGGUUAUGAGAUACCUGUUGACAUGUUAUGUAAACGUCUAUCUGAUAUUUCGCAAGUAUAUACACAGAAUGCUGAAAUGAGACCACUCGGAUGUGGCAUGAUUCUAAUUAGCUAUGAUGACGAAAGAGGACCACAACUCUAUAAGACUGACCCUUCAGGCUACUAUUGUGGUUAUCGGGCUUGUAGCGCUGGAGUUAAGCAGACAGAGGCUAACAAUUUUUUAGAAAAGAGACUUAAAAAGAAUGCUAUCACUGACGAAGAUGAUACUAUUCAAACUGCAAUUGCUGCCUUAUCAUCCGUGUUAUCUGCCGACUUUAAGCCUAGUGAUCUUGAUGUAGGAAUUGUGAGAAAUGACGGCAAAGGAUUUAGGAUCUUAAAUGAAAAUGAAAUUGAUAACCAUUUAACCGCAUUAGCAGAAAAAGAUUAA